CAUGUGGCACAGGUAGCAUUUUCCCUUGGUGACUGAAGCAAUGGGUGCUGUUCGGGUCUUGCUUAUUUGUGUGCUGACUGUUUGGUUUGCCAAAGGCUCUUGUUUGCCAGUUGGUGGCACAAAUGAAAGACGUGAUAAUGGGCUGCAGAGGAGAAUGAGAGAUUUGUCUCCCAAUGAGAUCUCCAUAAACAAUGCCCUUGUCCUCCUCCAGUCAAUUGAGUCCAUAUUGCAGCAAGAGGUUAAAGAAGUACAACUGGAAAGCAAUGAAGUGGAAGCUACGGCAUCAAUUGGCCACCAGAAACUUGUACAACAACACCUGAACAGACUUAAAGACCUCAAAACAGAGGAGGAUGGCGAGCUACGCAGCGACAACGCGACGGCCGCCGACAAUGCGACGGCCAGCAGGGAGGCAGCAGCCGCCGACAACGCGACGCUGGGAGCUGCCGACAACGCAACGGCGGCCACCGAAAACACAGUGAUUGUAAUAAUAGUAGCCGACAACGCGACAGCCUCUGCCGACAACGCGACAGCCUCUGCCGACAACGCGACAGCCUCUGCCGACAACGCGACAGCCUCUGCCGACAACGCGACAGCCUCUGCCGACAACGCGACACUUGGAGCCACGACGGCCGCUGACAAUGCGACGGCCAGCAGGAAAGCAGCAGCCGACAACGCGACGCUUGGCGCCACGACGGCCGCCGACAACAAUGUGACGCUUGGGGCCAGCAGAGUGACUGCCGCCGACAAUGUGACGGCCAGCAGGGCAGCUGCCGCCGACAAUGCGACGCUUGGAGCCACGACAGCCGCAGACAACGUGACGCUUGGGGUCAACGUGACGGCCAGCGGAGCAGCAGCAAGAGCAGUUUGAUCUACAAACCGAUGACUAACUCGACUGCGUUCACGAGUGUCUCACGUGGGAACAUUGAGAGGCAACUAAAGUAUGGGACUAGGUUUGAGGAACCAUGCAAGAGUUUACUUUGUAUGUACCUGGUUUUUAUGUCUCUGCUUUAAAUAAAACUCUAACUGAUUUCA